AUGUCCGAUAUCGAAGACGAACUUCUGGCCCUUGCGGGUGGUGAUUCUGAAGAUGAGGGCUCCGUCCGGAGCCGCAGCGGCUCAGCGUCGCCGCGUCGCUCUAAAAACGAUUCCGGCAAAGCGAAGAAGUCGAAGCGGCGCGCGAGGCAGGAUGACUCCGAAGAGGAAGGUGAAGCAUCCUCUGCUCCAUCAUCACCCAACUCAUUGGAAUCAGCGCCCAUGGAUGAGUCCGAUUCAGAUGCCGAACCAGCGCCAAGGGGUGUGGGAGGCGCCGACGAAGACGAUAAAUACCCCGUUGACGGCAGGUUUACGAGUGAGGCGGAAAAGGCUGAAAUCAUGGCCAUGCGAGAAGUCGACCGAGAACGCAUCCUUGCCGAACGUAUCGAAGAGGUUGAAAAUCAACGCCGCACUCGCCUCCUUAGGCAAAUGAUUGAGAGAGCAGAGCGAAAGACUGUCAAAAAGAAGCGCAGCGCCGACGCGGCAGAGUUGGAAGACGGCCAGCGAAAGACGUCACGACAACGUACUGGUAAAGCCAACGAGUCUGCUAUGGACUCUCUCCGUAGAGCGCGCGCCGAGAAAGCGAAGCGUAAGGAGGAGAAAUCGCAUGGCCGGUCAUAUUCCCCAGCAAGACGUGGCUCGGAUGUCGAAGAGAGCGAUGAUGACUUCGGUCGCGCCAGGUCACGCACGCCCGAGAAGGAGCAGGAGAAGGAGGCCCCAGCCCCCGAGCUGAAGGACUUUGAUCGCGUGCGCUUGGGCAGGAAUGAAUUUGCUCAAGUUUGCUCUACGCCUGGGUUCGAACCUGCCAUUACGGGAUGCUACAUUCGUAUUGCUUUGGGACCACAUCCAGACACUGGCGUUGAGCAAUAUCGCAUGGCGGUUAUCAAGGGCUUCACGACUAACAGACCAUAUGCUCUUACCGGACCUAAUGGGCCGUUUGUUACUGAUCAGUACGUCAAAGCAGCACAUGGCAAGGCCGUGAAGGAGUUUCCGUUUAUUGCUGCAUCAAGCGGCAAGUUUACUGAGAACGAACUCAACCGAUACCAAGUGACCUGUACCAACGAGAGCGUCAAGCUGCCUACCAAGGCAUAUUUGACAGACAAGAUUGAUGAGAUCAACAACCUGAUCAACCAUAAGUGGACAAGUGAAGAAAUCAAAGCUCGAUUGUCCAAGAGGAAUGAGCUGAAGCGACGUUUCGAUCCUAGCGAAAGGGAACGUGUUGCCAAACUCCUGGAUGAAGCAGUAACGCGAGGUGACGAAGCCAAGGCGCAAGAACUCCAGGACGAGCUGGAACAGCUCGGCAGCCAAAGGCUAGCCUUUAGAACGUCGCUGGGCUCAGCCAAGAGCAUUGAUGCACCCAGAGCCACAACAGAGCAAGACCGUCUGGCAGAGCGCAACCGCGAAAACAGACGAAUGAACGCCGAGCUCGUCCGCAAGGCGCAGCUCAAGGAGAAGGCCAGGUCUCGCGAGAUUGAAAUGGCCCUUAAGCGGGGCGAGCAAGUUGCUGAAGACCCGUCUCGCCGACUCCGUACCAAGGCCAAGUUUGUCCACGAUGUUAACGACACGCCGCAAAAGCCGUCUGCUACGGGGAGCGAAGUCAGCACGCCUGCCAACGGAACGCCCAAAGUAUCUGCUACAAAACCCGAGAUGCAGUCUCACCUUGCAAAGCUCCAGGAGAAGAAUUACUCGGAGAGUAAUGGCGUUCCAACGAUUCACAAGCCGCUUAUGGAUGAUGAUGUGAUUGGCGCCUUGGAUCUCGACAUUGACGUGGAGAUAUAA